AUGAGGUCGUCGAUAGAUCUUCUGGCACUUGUGUCAGCUGCCAUACUCGUGCCGGCUCAGGGCUCGCCGUCUCCCAUGAAGAGAUAUGGAAGUCCCGAGAAUCUAGUAGACGAUCAAGCUUUGCAGGAUGCUGUCACGAUCGAAGGUCUUCUUGGUCACGCCCAAGACCUUGAGGACAUAGCAUAUGCGACGGAGGGUCGCAACCGUGUUGUUUCUAGCGAAGGGCACAACAACACCGUUAGCUACUUGGUUGAGCAGCUCGAAGCGCUCGACGGCUACUACAACGUCGAGCUGGACCCGUUCCAGUACACCUUGCAACAAGGACUGGCAAAUUUCUCCGUUAAUGGCGUUGCUUACGACUCCGCCGGUCUUGAGUAUUCUGCCGAGAUCAGUGUAGAGGGUCUACCUCUUGUCCCAGUAGCAAAUCUAGGAUGCAGUGCAGCAGACUUCCCAGCGGAGGUCUCAGGCGCCAUUGCACUAAUCUCGAGAGGCACCUGCACUUUUGCCGACAAGUCUUAUUUCGCUGCGCAGUCUGGCGCUCUGGCGGCAGUUAUUUACAACAACGUAGAAGGACUUUUCGCAUCUGGAACUCUUGGUGGUGAGAAUGCCUCACUCGUCGCUACCGCGGCAGUGUCACGAGAGGAUGGUCUUGCCCUCGUUGCGUCGUACAGCAACACCACUCUGGCAAGUGACCUGGACAUUGUAACUGUUUACAACACUAUCUACAGUAACAAUGUGAUCGCAACCACUGCCAAUACCAACUCCUCCGAUAUUCUCUUUCUGGGCGCACACUCCGACUCCGUUGAAGCUGGCCCGGGCAUCAACGACAAUGGUAGUGGCUCCUCGGGGAUUCUCGAAGUUGCCAUUCAGUUGGCCAAGGGAGGUUGGAGCACUGUUCCCACCAUUCGCUUUGGCUGGUGGACUGCCGAGGAGGAAGGCCUCCUUGGAGCAGAGUCCUAUGUCGCCAAGGCAUCAGCCGCGGAGCUUGCCCGCAUCAGGCUGUAUCUGAACUUCGACAUGAUAGCCUCGCCCAACUUCAAGUUAGGCAUCUACGACGGGGAUGGCAGUGAGUUUGGGCUGUCCGGACCGGCUGGCUCUGACCUCACGGAGGCAUUGUUCGAAGAUUGGUUCGAGAGCAUUGGCCAGAAUCAUUCCGCUUCUGAGUUCAACGGCCGCAGUGACUACGGACCGUUCCUGGAUGUGGGCAUCCCGUCUGGUGGGUUGGACACAGGAGCGGACGAUAUCAAGACCGAAGAGGAUGUUGAGAAGUUUGGUGGUACCGCCGGCAUCCAGGCUGACCCUAACUACCACUCAGCUGCCGACAAUGUUACCAAUCUCUCAUUAGAGGCUUUUGAGAUCAUGGGUAAGGGCAUCGCGCAUGCAGUGGCGUUCUAUGGUGCCAAUGGCUUUGCGGGAUACCCAGAGAGGAACUCCACGGCAAGCUUGAAGAGCAGGGCCGCGGCUCAGGACAAGCCUAGACAGACCGAUCUGCACCCACGGCGCCGCAAGUCCCAGUUCUAG